AUGACGUGUCACCCACAUGGCUGCCACAUAAUCUGUCUCUAUGCUCCUGCAUAUUUUCCAGGUGGUUGGGAGAAUGAUGAAACUGUUCUGGAGGCAGCAGUAAGGGAAGCUAUUGAAGAGGCUGGAGUUCGAGGGGAACUAAUGGAUUUCUUGGGUUAUUAUCCCUUUAAAAGUAAAACCCACCAAGAUGAGUUCUGCCCAGACGGUUCAUGUAAAGCUGCAAUGUUUGCUUUGUUAGUCAAGGAGGAGCUUGAGUCAUGGCCAGAGCAGAGCACCCGAAACAGAACUUGGUUGACUGUACCAGAGGCACUGGAUAGGUGCCGAAAUCCAUGGAUGAGGGAUGCCCUGGAGAAUGGCUUCUCUAAAUGGCAUGCAGGGAAGGACAUCUGAUCACCAUUGACUUGCUGAGUGCACAUGAAGUAAAUGCAAAAGAUUUCUUGGGUUACUAUCCUUUAAGAGUAAAACCCACCAAGAUGAGUUCUGCCCAGAAGGUUCAUAUAAAGCUGCAAUGUUUGCUUUUUUAGUGAGCUUGAGUCAUGGCCAGUGAAGAGCAACUGAAACCGAACUUGGUUGAUUGUACCAGAGGCACUGGAUAGGUGCUGGCAUCCAUGGAUGAGGGAUGACCUGGAGAAUGGCUUCUCUAAAUGGCAUGCAAGGAAGGACAUUUUUGAACGCCAUUGACUUGCUGGGUUCACAUGAAGUAAAUACAAAAGUUAAGGAUUACAUUGUUACUAUAUUCUCAAGUUUAUUUUUCUAUUCUUAUGAGUGACUCUCUGACAUUUUAAUUCAUAGAGUAUUCAUUUGACUUAGGGUCAAGUUUUAAGUCCUCUCCAAGAUGUUCAUUAAUGUGUAACUUGAAAAGUUUAGCCAUUAAUGUACCUCAUUGUCCAUGACCACAUAAUUAGAAAGUUAAGAAAGAAAGAAAGAACUACUAAGCUCUUUUUCCUACUGAUCCACUUGUCGAGCAUCUACAGUUGUGGAAAGUC